GCGCCACGUCUCGCCGCGCGCACACAAGCACAAGUGGUUUGUGACUUGUCAAGUGUUCUUCCGGAAAAAAAAAAAGAAACACAAAUGGACGCUCCUGCGGCGGCGGCCCAGGGUUGCGGCGGCAAGCACAUCGUGCUCGUCCACGGCGCGUGCCUGGGCGGCUGGUCCUGGUUCAAGGUGGCCCCGGCGCUGCGGGAGGUGCCCACGUUCCGGGACUACACGGGGCCGCUGCUGGAGCUCCUGGCGUCGCUGCCGGACGGGGAUCGCGUGGUGCUCGUGGGCCACAGCCUCGGCGGCUUGAGCGUCGCGCUGGCCGCCGAGACGUUCCCGGACAAGGUCGCCGCCGUGGUGUUCCUCUGCGCCUUCAUGCCCGACUGCGCGGCGCGGCCGUCGCACGUGCUGGAGAAGUUCGUGGAGGGGAAGUGGCUGGAGUGGAUGGACACAGAGUUGAAACCCCAGGACGGCGAAGGCAAGCUCCCCACCUCUAUGCUGUUCGGGCCCCGGAUCAUCCGAGAGAAGUUCACCCAGCUCUGCUCGCCCGAGGACGUGACCCUCAUGACAUCUCUGCUUCGGCCGAGUUCCAUGUUCGUGGAGGACCUGGUGCUCCAGCAACCCUACACCAAGGAAAGGUACGGCUCGGCGCGCAAGGUCUACGUCGUGUGCACGGAGGACCACGCCAUCGCGGAGGGGUUCCAGCGCUGGAUGGUGGAGAACAGCCCCGUGGACGAGGUCAGGGAGAUCGUGGCGGACCACCUCGUGAUGCUCUCCAGGCCCAGCGACCUGGUGCGCUGCCUCGCUGACAUCGCCGACAAGUACGCUUGACGACGCUACGCUCUUCAGCGCAAUUCGCCCGCGUGCUGUUCUCAUUUUGCCGCAUUUCAGUUUAAUAUUUCCCCGCUGUUUCCGAAUCGAGAUUGGCCAGAAUUCUCGACGCACGGUGUGAAAUCGUGUAUAAUAAUAAUAAUAAUGCUAUUGAUGUUUUCUAAUAUAUAGCAGGUAUUUUGUAACACUUGGUUUUAAGGAUAAAACUGAAUCCAUUAGUA